GGGAACCCCAGUGAUGGCAGUCCAACAAGCAAAGUAAAACAAAUUCUUGGUGAAAAUACAGUACACAUACCAAGGCACCUUGUAAAAGUGUGCGUAGCUAUGGCUUUUUCAUUUACCACAUGCAUUCAAUCGCUCUUUAUUCCCCUGAUCCCUGCACCCCGCAGCCCCCCCUCAAGCUGUCCGCCCACACGACCUCCCGCCUCCAUCUAUCUUCCAUGAACCAUACGAAGCAAGGUAAAUACCUAAGCAGCGCAAGAGAAAGCUCAACUUAACCUUCAAAUAACGCUUGAUUUGCAG